UAGCAGAAAGAACGCCGCUUGUUUGGGAUGCAGAGCGCCUUUUGUUGAUCCCGCGGCGGGGCAGAGCGGCGCUAGGACCCGGCGGACCCGGCUCGCACGCGGGUUUUUCCUCCUCCUCCAGAGAAAGAGCGAUGGCGGCCCGUUAGCGGCGCGUGCAGGCGGCGGGGCUGGGACUGCGCCGAACGCACCGGGGCCAUGGGGGGCGGCGCGGCCUGGCCCCCUGCGUGAGGCGCGCCAGGCCCGCGCGUCCCCUCCGAGCGCGGUGCGGCCCUGUGGCGGCGAAGGUCGCCUGCCCUCCUCCCGCCGGGCCGGUGCCGGCGCAUCCCCCCAGGCCAGGGCGCGGCGGCCAUGGCCACCGAGCUGGAGCCCCCUGCCUCGGGCGCGGCGCCGCUGGAGGCGGAGGAGGACGAGGAGCACUGGUUGUACGGGGAUGACACCACUGGUAAGCAAGAAGAUGGACCAAUUGCAAGACAUGCAGAAUCUUCUCAUCCUUUGCAAGAUGCUCCUCAGGAGAGCCGGCCUGUCACUGGUGAAGACCGAGAGAUGUCACAACAUGCCCCUCCGAGUGGUGAAGAUGAUGAGGAAGACAGUGAUAGCGACAGUGAUGAUGAUGAUGUGAAAGUUACCAUUGGCAACAUUAAAACAGGAGCACCAUCGUACAUGGGGACUCCUAUGAAUCUAAACUUAAAAACAGGUAGAGGCUAUGGAACAUCCUCUUCAGCCAAGUUGCAGCCCAAAGGUAUUGAUCUAGAUGCCACAGGGAAUAUAAAUGGAUUGCCUGUAAUAGAAGUGGAUUUAGAUUCGUUUGAAGACAAACCGUGGCGGAAACCAGGUGCUGACCUUUCUGAUUACUUUAAUUAUGGAUUCAAUGAAGAAACAUGGAAAGCUUAUUGUGAGAAACAGCGACGGCUUCAGCUUGGACUGGAUCCCUCUCCACCUAUCAGCAGUGAGAAUAAGAUCACAGUUCAGCAAGGAAGGACAGGAAAUGCAGAGAAAGAGCCAGAGAACAACAUUAUCAAAACGGAAUUCAAAACUGACUUUGUGGCUCUGAUAGGAGGGCGGAUGAAGGCUGGGCCUCCACCUAAUAGGAAGCUGGGUGGGACAAUUGAUGUGAUUGGUGGACAGGCAGGCACUAUUAGGAGGGUAGAAGGAAGACGCCGCGAUAAACACGCCUCUGAGGAAAAUCCCAUUCAGGUUCUUGGAGAUCAUGGAAAUAAGCCACAACUCCCACAGCAGCCCCAGCAACCAUCACAGCCCCAGCAGCCACCUCAGCAACAGCCGUUUGUACCACCAGCAGGUCCCCCACCUCCCCCAAUUGCUGGGCCACCCCCACCACACUUUCUCCACCCUCCCCCUCCAGUUACUUCUGUCCCACCUCCUCUGCAUCCUCCAGGCUUGCCACCACCAGGUCCCAUUCCAGGGCUGUUCCCUCCACCUCUGGCUCCUCCACCAGCUCUCCUCAUUCCAACACUUGAUGGCCAACCUGCCGGCUACAAUAACAGGCAGCCUCCACCAUUUGGAUACAACUCUGCAGAUUCUGGUUUCAUCAGCUACCCUCCUAUUUCCACUUCUCACACGCCUUGGGUGACGACAGUGGAUAAGGGCACGAGCAGCUCCAGCAGCAGCCACUGGGAGUACUCCGGCUCAAGGCGUGAGAGAGAGAGGGAAAGGGAAAGGGAGAGAGACAGAGACCGGACUCCAACCACCAGUGAAUACAACAACGAUGAUGAGCGAUAUCGCUACUACAGUCGAGAGCGAAGCUAUGAUUUUGAGCGGGAUUAUCGCAGGAGUAGAGAUCGGAGCAGAGAGCGGGAGGAUCGCCACCGGGAGCGCAGGCACAGAGAGAAGGAGGAGAGCAGUAAACAUAAGUCUUCAAGACGUAAGCAGCACGAGAAUGAAGAGGGUGAAAGCCACCGGCGCCACAAACACAAAAAGAACAAGCGCAGCAAAGAGGAGAAGGAGGCCAGUGAUGAUGGUGUCGCAGAGGGAGAUGAACAAGAUGCUAAGGAGUAACGGCUCCCAGCUGUCCUUUAGGAGGGACUUGCUCCUUUGCAAGCAGCGUGGCAUCUAACUUUAUUUUCCAAGGGAAGCAGAGAUGACUCUGGUGGCCAAGUAUUGAAACACAAUGUGACAGCUCAAGCGUUAAGGCUGAACACACAGUUAAACUUGGAUACAAGACAAAGUAUGGCAGUAAUAGUAUAUACAGCACCGAGCUAUUCUUCUUGUAAACGACCCUAGAAGAACUUCAUUGUAUCAGAUCCUAUGGUUUCUGAUGAAAGACAGCUUCAGCUGAAACUAACGUACUUAGGUGAUAGGGUUUUUUUGCGCAACCAUGAUUCCUUUUUUUUUUUAAAAGUAGGACAGUAACUGCAACUUGAACUCUAUUGUCCAAAGAAAAGUGUGAUUUAGGUCCUCUGUGAGCCAGUUUAGAAUCUGACGUCUGUUAGUGAAAGUCUCAUCCCCAAAUCCAUUUCUUUAUAGCUAUGAAAGUAUCUCUCAUCUGUCCAUGGCCGGAUUGGCAGCAUGUGGAAAGGAACUACUUUACAGGUGUCAUUUGAACCUGCUUUGGUCUAAUGGCUUUUAAAAGGUAGGACAUUCAGAGACUUCAAACCCAGUCUUUUUUUUUUUGUAACUCAUUGAGAAUGUAGUUCUACUACAUGUUAUACCUGUAAAUGGAAAGUCACAUUCCGUGGAAGACUGUGGUGAGAGCAUGAGUUUCUUUUUUUAAUUAGUUUGGAUUAUUUUUUUUGUAACAAUUGAGAUAAAUAAUCUAACACCUUAAGGAACAUGAAGCCCCAUCCAGCAGUUUGACAUUGUUGGAUUUACUUAUUUAUAUUCAACAUCAUUAAUACACCUGUGCAAUGCAUUUCACCCUGCCUCCUCCCCAUAGAUCUCAGAAUAAUGCAAUCAAAUUCCAUGCUCUGUUUGAUUUAGGGUUUGUUUUGUUUUUAAACAAAUUUCUCAGUGGAAGGUGGGGGUUUGUUGUGUAUACCUGGUUCUUAAACAGAAUACUGCACUUGUUUGUGUGAAGCCACAAGUAUCUAAUUUUAAGUAUCUUCCACUUCUAUGAAUUGAUAUUUAAAACUGUCUUAAUUCCUUCCCCAAAAUAAGAUGGUUCUGAAAUUUUACAUAUGAUUUUUUUGUACUGUAGUCAUGCAAGUCUGAGUGUUGUGUGAAGCUUACAACCUUUGAAACUUGAGCCCGUACAGCAUGAUAGCAAUUUGUAUGCUAUGACACUGCAUUUGGUGGGUCAUUAACUACAAAACCUGUGGGAAGCAGAAUAAAGCAAUUUUUUUUGUAAA